AUGGCCACUCUAGAUGAAAUUAUUGUCAAGGCCCGAAAUUUCAUUGAAACCCAACGACCUGACGAGGCUUUGGAGUUUCUUGAAUCUCAUGCCCAGGGAAAUGAGCAGAAUUCCAAGUUCCUGUCAGUUUUGGGUGAAACUUACCUAGAGAUUUCUGAUUUAGACCAAGCGUACGAUUUGCUAAAGAAAGCUUGUCAGUUAGAUCCAAAUGCUGAGGAAAAUGUUGAAAAGUUUUUGUAUUUAGGGCAAAUGAUUGGAGGUAAAGAUGGUGAAGAAUUGUUAAACAUUGGUAUUAACAGGCUAACGAACCAACUAGAAACGUUGUCUAAUGACGCCAAUACAGACUCAAAAAUUGAAGAACUAUUGAAACUCCAUGGUGAUAAGUACAAAGUUGCAAAGUAUUUGGUUACAAAACUAGAUCAAGCCUUGUUUGUACUGAUAGAAAUAUGGAUGACCGAUCUGUGCAUGGAGCCAGAAGCAGAAUCCAAGUGUGAAGAAUUGAUAACCAAAGCAAUUCGAUUUGAUGAUGAAAUUGCGCAAUCUCGUCCUGAAGACCGUAACCCUGAAGUCUGGUCCACUUUGGCAAAUAUCCGUAUUAGUCAACAACGCCCUGACGAUGCACGUCAGGCAGUUAACAAAGCUUGGGAGUUAUUCAAUCAGAAAAAGUCCCAAUUGGAAAGCAUAUCCAGCGAUCCCGACACCGAUGACAAGGCUGUGAACGAAGCAACUGUAGAGUACAUUGAACUUAUUCAGCCAUUGAUUACUUUGACCAGAUACAGCAUAGAGUUAGGUCUAUUGGAACUCGCCAUAUCUAUUGCCUCAAGUAUUCAAGACAUAAAUGAGCAAAACGUGGACAGUUUCUAUUUGGAGGGGUUUGCUCACUCGUUGUUGGCUAAAAAGCAGCAGCUCAACAUCGAAGACAUUGGUCAGCUUAUUGAGAAUGAAGAUCUGGAGCUCGACCUGAAAGAUCCAAGGACACAGCAGACAGUUCAAGAUGCUCGAGUUGCCCUGAGUAGCGCAUUCAAGCUAUUGCAAGUUGACUCUAUUGCCGAAGAAACAGACGAAGAAUUGGUGGAAAAAAUCAACCAGCUACUAAACCAAGUUGGAGGGUUCUUACUAAAAGAAAAAGACACGACAGGAAUCGAUGAGACCAAUUGGGAGAACGAAAUAGAGCAAGAUAUAUAG